GUCCCUCCUAGGCGCCCCGUGCAUUGUGGGUUGGGAACGCGCUGAGCAGGUUCGGCACUCCAGGCGAUACAGCGGCUGCCGGGCUAGGAGCCGGCGCGGAGACGUUUGAAUUAGCUUUAGCAGAAGAGAAAUGGAGGAGCCGUAGAAUUUUAAGGAUGAAUUCAGGAAGGCCUGAGACCAUGGAAAACUUGCCUGCACUCUAUACUAUUUUUCAAGGAGAGGUUGCUAUGGUGACAGACUAUGGAGCCUUUAUCAAAAUCCCAGGCUGUCGGAAGCAAGGUCUGGUCCAUCGAACUCACAUGUCAUCCUGCCGAGUGGACAAGCCUUCUGAGAUAGUAGAUGUUGGAGAUAAAGUGUGGGUGAAGCUCAUUGGCCGAGAGAUGAAAAAUGAUAGAAUAAAAGUGUCCCUCUCCAUGAAAGUUGUCAACCAAGGAACUGGGAAAGACCUCGAUCCCAACAACGUUAUCAUUGAACAAGAAGAGAGGCGGAGACGCUCCUUCCAGGAUUACACUGGGCAGAAGAUCACCCUUGAGGCUGUCCUGAACACUACUUGCAAGAAGUGUGGCUGCAAAGGCCACUUCGCAAAAGACUGCUUCAUGCAGCCAGGUGGAACCAAGUAUUCUCUGAUCCCCGAGGAGGAAGAGGAAAAAGAAGAGGCAAAGGAAGAAGGAAUUGAGAAGCCUGAUCCCACAAAGAAUUCUUCCAGGAAAAGAAAGAAGGAAAAGAAGAAAAAGAAACACAGAGACAGGAAGUCAUCUGACUGUGACAGCUCUGACUCUGAGAGUGAUAUGGGCAAGAAGGCAAGGCAUGCGUCUAAAGACAGCAAGGCUACAAAGAAAAAGAAGAAGAAGAAGAAGCACAAGAAGCAUAAGGAAUGAGGGUGGACUGGGCCGUGGCUCCAGCAGCCCUGCUCCUGGAAAGACUCAGCAGUGAGAGUCUGGCCUCCCGUCCCACUGACUUUGUCCCUGUGGUCUCAGAUGGCUUCUCAUGCAGCAAGCAGCUUGAUGAGCCAGAGGGAAGCUCCCAAAUGUUUUUUCCUUAUUGCUUCUGAUCCCUUUGCAAGUGACCCCUGCAGCCAUUGCAUUCUUGUACACAAUUUUCUCAUUCAGCAGAAGGUUCUAGUACCGUCCCUGGCUGCCACUACCAGAGCUGGUUUCUUUGCAGGAGUCCAAGCUAGAGCCACAGGUGCUACUGUGGAGGCGAGCCUGGCUGUUGUGGGUGAGCAGCACCCGCCUGCCUGCUAUUUGGGACCAAUUGUGGGUGGACUCUGCAGCCUCUGUUGGCAGCAGGAGGGAGAAGUGUUGUUCCCCGUCUCCACUCCCUCAGCUUGGGCCUGUGCUCAAAGUGAAGGCUGUGUGCAGUGACUGCUAAACCAGUGCUCUGAAGCCGAGGUCAUUGCUCUGCUUUCUGUCCAUCACUGUGCGAGCGACUCUUCCAUUUCAGGUCUCUGCUUAAAUUCCUGGCAUAAAUGGAAAUGUGUUGGGUUUUAAACUUUCCAGAAGGCCUUAUUCCUAUAAUCCUUCCAGAAUUACCUACAGACUUAGCACACUAGUUCACAGAAUACACUUAAUAUGUCAUCCGAGACCCUGGAAAGAAGCCAAGCUGAGGCACAAACCAAGGCCACUAGAAGUCACAAAGUCACAGCUUCUUUUUUGUUUUUGUUUUUCGAGACAGGAUUUCGCUGUAGCUUUGGAGCCUGUCCUAGAACUCGUUCUGUAGACCAGACUGGCCUUGAACUCACAGAGGCCUGUCUGCAUUCUAAGUUCUGGGAUUAAAGGUGUGCACCAUCACCACCCAGCAAAUCACAGCUUUCUUGACAUUACUCUUGAGUCCCCUCUUCCAUAGUGAAGACCUCAUGCCCUGGGCUGAUUAGAAAACCAGGAAGACUGUAACCUUGGGAGCUCGCUGGGGCAUGAAUGGGAACUUAGCAGUCUCCUCCCACUACAGUGAUCCCCGGACCUUGUCCUGAGUCUGUACUCAGACAAGAAGAAGAGGGUGACCACAGCACAUGGUAGAGUCAGUCCAGGUGUGUUCUGUGCAGAGUGGGUGUGAAGUGGUCACUCAGAGACAGCUAUCUGACCAUGGCGAGCCAGGAUAAAGGAUUGUACAGGGCUGCUGUGCCCUCACCGGUGGCAGGAGACUGUCCACCUUGGCUCCUUACCAGUGCUGCUGGUGGCUUACAGGCUCUCAUUUCAGCCUAGGGCACAAAGGAAAGGAAGACCAAAGGCAAAAGCAACUGGGUGGCCUUGGCUCUGCUUUAUUGACCUCGGAGCACCCUUUGGGUACAGUUUUAAAAAAUAAACCACAUACACAAUGGGAACUGGAAUCCAGGCUGGUGCCCUGAUCUCCAGAAAAAUCCCAACCAAUGUGUAUUUAUACAAAACACCAGAGGAAAAAA